GAACGUCCUGCGGAGAGUGUCAGGAAUCGGGAUGCAAGGUUCGUGCUGCAGAUCAUGCGCUUAAUAUGCACCUAUUUCGACGACGAAAAUUCUGAGUCGGACUUUGCUCUCUGCCUGCUGCUGUACUUCGAUUUUAAACAGUUCCAGUAUGACGUCAAAGAUACUCUGACCUAUUUUGUUAUGAAUUUCAUACGACACAAGGAGAAGGAUCCAUUUAAAGGACUUAAGCUUAAACGAUUUCAAUAUGCAAUGACGGUUUUGGGUCUUCUGCGGGAAUUUGAAAACGUUAAAAUUCUGGGACUCAAACAUUUGGUGGGCUGGAACCUGGAGGUCGAAUUGCCCAACACCUUCAUCGGUAUUAUUGAGGAGGGGAAUGUAGUCUUCAGAACAACUUGGAAGUCCAACAGACGCAUCUCAUUUUUGGUCGUACUUGCCGAGCUGCUCUUUUACGAAAAGUCCAAAACAAGCUAUACCGGUCAGAGGAAUUUUGAUGGCAUCAUAUACACCUACAGUAUUCAACCAAAUUCGGUAGCUAAAUCCGCUCCUCGGCUUUUGCUGAAAUUUAUAGUGGAUGGCCCACCGUUAUUAAUUUAUUUUAUGAACAAUUUCCUCACCCGAAACGAAGAUCCUAACACACCGUAUCACUUGCUCCCAAAAACGCACCUUGCCAUUCGAAUUGAGGGAAAGGCUUAUCCAGGAACCCAGUUUGUCUAUUUCAAAGAUCUGAACAUUGACGUACUGAAGAGUGAUCUAUCGAUUAGAUAAGAAGUGAUAAACGGACAUGGAGCCAUGGCGAUUUUUUUACUCUUUAUAAGGAAUUCCGUCAAAUAAAUAGGUUCAUUAAAAAUUAAGGCCGAACAUGACUAGUUUAUACCUUAAUCACUGGGAACUUUAUAAACACACGUAUUUAGGUGCAGAUGUACUGGGAAUUGCCCAUCCAAAGCGAUUCAAUGAUGAUAACAAUUAGCCAAAUUAUUCGAAAUUAAACUAAAGCGCUGUUUAACAUUUUGUUGCUCGGUCAUGAUGUGGAAGAGCUAUGAAAGGAUCCCAAGUUUGUUGCGAAAUGAACUUCAGUCGGUUCGGUUGGGUUUCGGCCUUCGUUAUGAUUCGGCUGGUCAUCGAAGUGGUCGGGGAUACAAGUUCCUACUACAUGGAAUACAGCACGAGUCCAAAGAAAGCAGUAGCAGCUAUAAAACAAAUACAUGUUUUCGGGGAGUCGAACUACAUGAAGGCCAAAAUAUAUAUCCACGAAGAUCGAUCCCACUUCGAUCUACAUGUCCAGUUGGUCCAUGAGUUGGGAAGUAACCACCUCAUCAUGAAUAUAAAGGUGCGCGUAAAACCGGAAGGAAGUAAUGUCUUUGUGCAACUGUUCGAAUUGCGGCGCGUCAACUUUUGCGAAUUUCUCAGCGAAUACAACUCGAAUCCGAUGAUGCAGUUGAUGUUCAAAAAGAACCUCAAGCUGAACGACAUUAUUGUGUGCCCAGUUCGAGUCGGAAACUACUCGCUCCUAAACUCCGACGUAGCCGGAAACAUCCAUGCAGAUGGAGUCCAGAAUGGCACCUACAGGUUCUUCGCCGAAAUAAUCGAGGAAAUAGGAGAGAUUGCGAAAGUAUUCGCACUCCAAGUCACCUCAGAGGUUUAUAUUGUAGACAAGGAACUGGACUGUAAAUAUCGAGGAAAAGCUUUACAAUGUUUGGCCAAUGAUGCCUAAAACGUUGCGACUUUAAAAAUUAUUUUUAAUAGUAUAAAAAAAAGUAUUAUAU